AGAAGGAAAGUACAAAGUGAAAAGAGAAUCCUACUCUCUAUAAUUCCUCUGCACCCAGCCGCUCUCUUCGCUUACUCACUUUCACUUCCUUUCCUUCACCACACAAAACACAACACACUUUCUUGAAGUUUGUUUCUUCUAGUUUUCUCCGAACUCUAAACAUCUCUUUUUCUAUUCAAAUGGCGACAUUGAAUCUGCCUACUACUGGACUACCCUCAUUGAAAUCUGACGCGGCUAAAUACCCGUCGUUGGAUCGCCUUUCCUCUGCUAAGAACGUUGCUGAUUUGUUCUUCUUUUCAGAUUAUCGCAUCAACAGGAGACGUGUCAACGGUUUGAAUAAUCAAAUCGUGGCUGUUAAAUCACCUGAUCAUAUACGUGGCGUAAAUACCAAUGUCCAUGCCAAUUAUGAUAACAAUAUACCUGUUACCUCACCAUCCAGCGGUUACAAUCUGGGACAAGAAAGUGUGUAUCUGAACUCUCCAAGAAAAACCAAGAUUGUUUGCACAAUUGGUCCCUCUACAAGCUCAAGGGAGAUGAUCUGGAAAUUGGCUGAGGCUGGAAUGAACGUGGCCCGUCUGAAUAUGUCACAUGGGGACCAUGCAUCUCAUCAGAAAACCAUUGACCUUGUUAAAGAAUACAAUGCUCAAUCUGAGAACAAGGUUAUAGCAAUAAUGUUGGACACUAAGGGACCCGAGGUGAGAAGUGGAGAUGUGCCACAACCAAUCCUCCUGAAGGAGGGUCAAGAAUUCAACUUUACCAUUAAAAGAGGAGUCAGCACAGAAGACACUGUUAGUGUAAAUUAUGACGAUUUCAUAAAUGAUGUGGAGGCAGGAGACAUACUACUCGUUGAUGGUGGGAUGAUGUCAUUAGCUGUGAAGUCAAAAACCAGCGACGUAGUGAAAUGUGAAGUUAUUGAUGGGGGAGAACUGAAAUCAAGACGGCAUCUAAAUGUAAGAGGAAAAAGUGCCACCCUGCCUUCAAUAACAGAGAAAGACUGGGAUGAUAUUAAGUUUGGUGUGGAAAAUCAAGUUGACUUCUAUGCUGUUUCCUUUGUGAAAGAUGCUAAGGUCAUCCAUGAAUUGAAAGAUUACCUUAAAAGUUGUAAUGCAGAUAUUCAUGUUAUUCCAAAGAUUGAAAGUGCAGACUCCAUCCCAAAUCUCCACUCAAUCUUAUCUGCAUCUGACGGGGCAAUGGUGGCCCGCGGUGAUCUUGGAGCUGAGCUUCCAAUUGAGGAAGUCCCAUUGCUGCAGGAAGACAUUAUUAGAAGGUGUCGGAGCAUGCAAAAACCUGUAAUAGUUGCCACAAACAUGCUUGAAAGCAUGAUAGAUCACCCAACCCCAACAAGGGCAGAAGUCUCGGACAUUUCUAUUGCAGUACGUGAAGGUGCUGAUGCUGUAAUGCUUUCAGGGGAAACCGCUCAUGGGAAGUACCCGCUGAAGGCAGUUCACGUGAUGCAUAUUGUGUCAUUAAGGACUGAGUCAAGCCUACAAAACAACACUAGUUCUCCAAGUCAAUCUCUCGCCCAUGAGAGCCAUAUGGGUGAAAUGUUUGCUUUCCAUUCUUCCACAAUGGCUGAUACCCUUAACACUCCCAUCAUUGUCUUCACAAGAACUGGGUCUAUGGCAGUAAUUUUAAGUCAUAAUCGGCCUUCAUCAACAGUUUUUGCUUUCACAAACAAUGAAAGGGUGAAGCAGCGUCUUGCUCUGUAUCAUGGUGUCGUGCCUAUAUAUAUGGAGUUUUCAGCUGAUGCAGAGGAGACCUUUUCCCGAGCAAUCAAGCUCUUAUUGAGCAAAAGCUUGGUGAAGGAUGGACAAUGUGUCACUCUUGUCCAAAGUGGAGCACAACCAAUCUGGCGUAGACAUUCUACUCACCACAUACAAGUCCGUAAGGUCCAAAGUUGAUAUACGUAGCAAUCAUUUAUUUAGUGAAACAUGCUGAGUGGUGACAACUAGGAUACAGUUUUUCAAAGUUUCUUAUAUACAGUUGCUUCUUUCCCUUUUCCCCUUAAAUUUGUUCCUUAUUUGAUGAAAUUAGAGAAAUCUUCUUAAAAGUUGCAAUUUUAGAUACAGAUGUUUCUGUUUUGGCGUUCUUGUAUCAUUUUUGUAUGAACUUUCUAGCGAUAUCGGAGAAUGGAAAAUUAAAGUUUGAUAA